AUGCUAUUCAAUUUGAAAUCCUGGUCCAAGACCGUCUACGACGAAGAGUUCGAUGAGCAGGAAGCGGCUAAUCGGGAGAAGGACAAGUUAGCGGUGGAUCGGGAGACAGGGGAGGAGCCUUCGCCGGCGCCGUCGCCGCCACCAGAGAGCACGAGCAGCUCUUCUACAGACGACGGCGGCGGAGGAGAUGGAGGAGGAGGAGGGUGGUCGACGUCGUUGACAGUGUGGAGAAAAUCACUUGUAAUGAACUGCCAUGGCUUCACGGUCAUAAAUUCCGACGGCGAUCUGGUCUACCGUGUCGAUAAUUACUGCGGCCGACCCGACGAGCUCACUCUCAUGGACGCCGCCGGCAGGUCUGUCCUCACAAUGCUUCAUCACACUAAGAAGUUUGGGCUAGUGGACAGCUGGCUGGUAUACGAGGGGGACGCGGAGGCGGCGGUGGUGGCGGGGCACAAUCCGGCGGUGAAAUUCGUGCCGAAGAAGCCGAUGUGGUGCGUGAAGAAGCAGAAGAGCCUCCUGCUGGCGGCGGCGGCGAACAGCAGUAGCAGUAGUAACGUUGUGGCUUACGUGUACAAAGGGAGUUCGGGGAAGAGGAAUUGGUGGUACGCGAUCCAAGGGUCGUACGGGCAGCGGUCGUGCAAGGUGGUGGAGCAGGAAUCGAGGAAGGAAGUGGCGGAGAUACGGCCCAAGGAGGCGGCGGUGGGAGGGGUUUCGCUUGGGGCUGAGGUUUUCGUUCUGUCUGUACGGUCUGGGUUCGAUUCCGGGCUCGCCAUGGCUCUGGUUCUGCUGCUCGAUCAAAUGUUCUCAUGA